CAAAUGUGUGGUGUUGGUGUGUGAGGAAAACAGGACUGAAUUACGGUGUAUUUUACGAUCUAUAUCUAAUUCUUAUAGGAAUUACUGGAAGUAUUUAUGUCCUUUCACGUUGCUGCAUCUUAAGUACAUCCAUUACGUUUACAAACUGUUGCGUAAAAAAUGUUAUAAUGGCUACCACCUACGAAAAUUGGUUGAGUCGCAGGAAAGGUAAACAGAGUGAUUUAUAUAAAUUGGAUACUAAGAAUAAAACACCGGAGGAGAAUAUAAAAGAAAUCAUUCAAGGCCUCUACUUGAAGAAACCAUUCCACAAUGACACCUCACCCACCAACAAGAAUAAUCCUAACCCCAUGGAGUUCAAGACAGGCCUCAGAGGCAUGCAGAAGAAUGGCUCUGAUAGCCGUAGACUGUCCUACUUAAAUGCCUUAGUCACACUUUUAUGUAAAGAAGACAGAAAUAAUUUAGGAUUCACACCAGAUGAGCUAAUGACUUGUAUUCGUGUGAGUCUGGUUGAUGAGUCUAUGGUGAUAAGAGCUUCAGCACUGCGAGUUUUACGCUAUUUAAUCAAGACAGAAACUGAUGUAGCAACAUUUAAUAAUUUGAAACUACCAUACUUGGUUAUAAGAUCAAUGGAUUUAAUGUUGCGGAAUGAAGAGGAACGAGCGCAAGCGUUGCGCGUUGUCCGUCGCGUCGUCGCCGUCGUGGGAGCGACACAGGGCACGCGGCGACAACGCGGCGCUUAUGUCGAACAUGGCUUGCUACGCUGCCUCACUGCCGUGGCUCGAGCGGCGAGUGCUGGGGAUGGCACGGGCGACCGCCUGUCGAGACCCGCCGUUGCCACGCUUGCUGAGAUCUGUGUUCUAAACCCCGACAUGUUCAUAUCAUGUGGGGGUGUGAACGCAGUGACGCGUCAGCUAGCAGAAUGCGCGACGCCCCGCAUGGCGGAGGCGCUGUGCGGAGUACUGCUGCACGCGCUCAACGACCCCGCUUCGCGCAGGGCUGCCCGCAUCGACCUCAUGUGUCUCAGCUCACCUUACUGUGAUUUUCACUUCCGUCCAGCCGGUACUGAGACUAGCAGAGAUGAACGCGAGAUGCGCUUCACGUGUAGUCGCCUCGCCCUUCUCUGCGUGCUCCGCAGUUGGCCAGGGUUACUCCACUUUUGUCACCCUCUCAGCACGGGCGGCUUAAGAGCUCUAGUCGCAGCCCUCUACCUACCGCGGUUAGAGGUUCGAAAAGCGAUAUUAGAUCUCUUGUAUGAACUAGUCGGAUUACCGCAACCGGAAUGGACAGAUGAGAUUUCUGUAGCUUUAGAUGCAGUUGAUCCAUCUGACUUUCAAGACUCCUGGCGACUGAACGAAGGUUUUGUUGCUGCUGAAGGCACUGCCAUAUUACCUCAUCUUGGUGCUACGGGCCCUGAUAUAAUAGAAAUUCAUCUUGCACUUUUACUUCAGUGUUUCUUAGAGGCUGGAUUAUUGGACGGUUUAGCUGAAGUAAUCGUUACAAGUGAUACUUUUAUAUCUGUCCGAGCGACUGUGUUAUUGGGUCAACUUUUGCAUUUAAUACACCUGUAUCUACCUCCUCAAAUAUGUAGUAUAACGCCGGCGCUGCCGACGCUUAUGUCUCAGGCCUCGGCCGGGAAGCCUCAGGCCCUGGCCGCCGUGGCCGCACUAAGAAGACUGCACUCCAUGCUCGAAGCCCGCCCGGCUAGUAGCAGCUUGUUCCUAGACCACAUCAUACAGUAUUGUAGUGGUGCAUUUAGAGAGAAAGUAGAAGACAACUCUAAAAGUAGAAAAGAAAAAGACAACGCUAGUAUGGUUAAGCCCAAACAUGACGUUUCCCUCCAUAAAGAAAAUAGCAUAGAAUUCUUAAAUGAUUCUGAUAACGAAAACGAACCUAAGCAAAGGCAUAGUGUUGGCUCUCGAGCUGAUGUUCCUAACAGAAACGUGAGUGCUUUAGUUAAAAGUAAAAGUGUUAGUUCUCGAACUAGCGCCGCAGUCAGUAGAGUUACUAAAACAGCGAAGUUUUUCAACUUAUUCGAACGAGAUAGCGACAGUUUGAUUCGAUGCACUUUAGUGAUGCAGAACAAGGACGGAAAUACCUGGAAUUGGGAAAUAAUAAGGACUAUUUUGAAGGAAAAUGACGUUCCUCUGUUAAAUCUGAACGACAGUGGGCAUAAAGCAUGGGUAUCUCGUAUCGUAAAUUAUCUGAAGCCGUCUUCCAAUAAGUAUUCUCACACAGAUUUGUCUAGUACUUGCCACGGGCACUCCGCAACCCGCGCGGGCUGUCAACUCAUCAGGCAUCUACUGAGACACAAUGAUCUUGAGUGCCAAAGGUUGUUAGAAGACUUUUUCUCUGACGUGAGCCGUCAGAUCGAGGCUAUAGAGACAGGUUUGAAGGCACACGAGUGUCUGUUCAGUCCUCAACACAUGUGCAAUACUAUGUGUCAGAUGUACUUCUUGUUUAUUGGGCAGCUGUGCCACUCGCAGAACGGAUUGAGGCUCUUCAAACAGACUGGGUUGUAUGAAAACCUCUUAGAACUUUCCACAAGAACUCACCACAGCUGCUAUGUAAAACUAGUAAUAUCCAGUCUAGAUUAUUCAUUGGAUUCUUUCCCAAGAGACAUUUUGGCGAAGACACUAACUUGCAAUAUUCAAGCAUCAAGAUUGUACGCCACACAAUUUUUAAACGUCCUUUUGAGAGCGUCUCGAAAAUCUCGCGAAUUAGUCCGUAGAAAGACUAAAUUAAAGAAAAAUGUGGUUAAUGACCAUAUUAAAACUACGCAAAGGGAUAAUAAUGAAACUAAUACUGGUGUCGAUAUGGAUACUUGGAUCUUACAAAUGUUGAUCAGUCAAAUAAAGGAUGAAUCAAAAGUGGUUGUCAAAACUGCGCUCACGAUUUUGGAAGAAGCUUAUCAUGUACCGUCUUACGUGGAAAAAUUAAUAACGAUGAAGGAGACGCUUUGUCAAAAUUGUCACUUGGAUAAAACAACGGAGCCAAGUGCCUUAGAUUUUGGAGUUGUUAGUGACCGCGGGUACUUAUUGUGGCUGAGUCUAGAAAUAGCGGUAGCCGUACAAUCGGUCGAUGCGAAGUCAAUCGCCUUUCUGAAGAAACAUCUGGAUUUCUGGACUAAAUCUUACAACUACCGUUACGUGCGUCUAGUAGAAGCGGGCGUGCACGAGGCACUGGCAGUGAGUUCUACGGGCGGCGGGCGCGGCGCCCCCCGCGCGCGCCGCGCCGCGCGCCCGCCGCCGCACCUGCACGCCGCACUCGCACCGCGCACGCGUGCCGUACGCGCGCUGCUGGCCGCCGUACUGCCUGAUCACUACAAGAUUUUGCAACGCAAAAAAUGCGCAAACGAACAAGAAAUCGCAGACAUAAAGGCUUCGUUGUGGGCAGUUGGCAACAUUGCAGUGACGUCACAAGGUCUCCACCAGCUCAUGAGCUUGAGUAAUGGUUACUUGGAAGACUCGGUACUGGUACACAUUGUGCGGUUGGCUAAAUACAACCCGGUGUAUUCUGUGAGAGCUACUGCCUUCUAUGUACUCGGCCUAAUAGGAAGCACUUACGAUGGCGCUAAUCUGCUCUCCGAUCUUGGAUGGCUAUGCGUAAGACAUACGAGACACGACCAAUUCCCAGUGAUUCCAGACGAAAGCUACUCCACCGUUGAACAGGGCACGAACGUGCAUUACUUUGUGACUUCACCCGAAAGUCGGUACAAUGCUUACGACACAGAAAUGAGCGAGCAUUCUGAUCACACUGAUCAAAGUGUUGCAGAAAGUUUACAUUCGGAUACUACUAAAAUUUACGGAAAAACUGGAUCGAUAUCUGCCGAUACUUCGGAAAUUAAAGAUCAGGAUGUAACCGAUCAUAAAGCGUAUAGUGAUGGACGGCCAGACAAAAGAAAGUCACAUACAUUGCCUUCUCAAAGUUGUUCUAGCUCUCAUGACCGGCCAACUUUAUCGGAAUCGAGAACUGUCGAUAUACUCCGAGAUUGUUCGAGUUAUGAACGACCCGGGCCACAUCGGGUCCCUAUGUCUGAGAACAGAUUAGUAAUAGGCAGAAUGAACUCUCUAGAACACCACGAGGGUCGAGUGAGAAAUACCAGUGAAUCGAGUACCAGUGGAGUUAGUAGUUGCGACUCUUUUCUAGGGAAAUAUGCGCUUCCUGACAGGGUUUUGACUCUCAGUCCGAUUCCAAGUUCAUCAAGUUUGUACGGAAUGAAGAGCAGUAAUAGUUCUCAUCGGCCGAAGAUAUCGGACCUGCAACGUCGAACUUCUACUUCUAGUUUUACUGGUAACGAUGUAGCUAGUUCCCCUCCGUCUCAAAUGGAUAUGACGGGAUACGCCACCUUGAAGUCCCUUAAUAGACGGCCUUAUUUGUCAGAAAGUGCUGCAGGCUCAAGUGACAUGGAUGACUUGAGCUGGUUACUAUCAGAUACAAAUAGACGGUCAAAACCUUUUUCUUCGCUGAGGGAUAGAGCAAAGACUACAAAAGAAAGAAUGGCUAAACUCAGCCUAUUGGAAUACGACUGGAAGCCACUACCUCUAGGGGAGAACGCCCGCUCGUCCCCGUUAAGUGGCAACACCGGUACGCCUGGCAACACCGGGCUGUCGGGCGUGACGUCACUGCAGCCGCGCCGCGCCACGUGUCCGGCCGCACCGCCGCCCUUACAACGACCUCACGGAACUACACCUGCGUAUAUUGGAAUAUGCCUCCCGAGGGAUCUUAUGGAACUGUUUCCAAGAGAAGAAGAUAUACUCGACGAAGACACCGAUAAAAGUGACCACACGAAACGUGACCGCCUCCCAUCUUUUCUUGUGGACACGAGUAGUGCAAGCACGGAGAACAAGUCUCGAGCAACACCUGAUAGUCAGAAGUUGACUUCUCAUAAAGCCAGUUUAAACACAAUAGCAGUUCAAAUUCACAAAGCGAACUCAGAUAAAGUUGAAACUAACGCGGAUACAUCCAUUGCUAGCAUAGACACGAGCGAAUCAAAUACACGCGUAACCAAAGACAAAACCAAAAGGAUUGUGACAACCGUCAAUGAAAACGAUAUGAACACUAACAGUGUACCAAAUAAAGUCGAUGAAGGAGUAAAGCCAACAAAUAAUGAAAGCAAAGAUGAUGUCACAGCCACUGGAUUAGAGGGUCAAGGUCAAAUUGUUCAGGAGAUUGUAGGACUAAGGUCUACAGCUGACGGAGGUGACAACACGGUCCAAAGUGUAGGGGCAGUGGUCACUGAGACAGUUUCUGCGACGAGUAAAAAAUGGCGGCAUGUUACGGCAGAUUGUUUGGCCUGUGUUCGAACUCGACCUCCUUCGUCACAUGAGUUGCGUGAAGCCUUUUUUGCUGGUAUGGACGUAUCCAGCUCGAGCUUUACGGAGCCACGAAGCCCUACAAAUGAUAAGUCCGUUGGUGAUCGCAACGCAGGCCCUCAAGCGGAACUAUUGCAUCAAGUGCACUUUAUGUCCAACCCUAUACAUUUGAGACAGGCUCGUUCCGUGCUGCUGUCUAUGAAGCAACGCCAUCCCGAGGUAUUUCGUAGUCCAUGUGUUUAUUCUGACGUUAGUGCCUUACUGGCUAGAGAUACAUACAUGCUGUGCGCAAGAAGGUUCGUACAAGAACUGUUUCUUGAUACGAACUUCGAUUGUUUUGCUGGCGAACCCGCCGCGGUACUGAGUAGACACGGCGUCGUGUCGCCCACUACGAGCGCAGCGCCCGCGAUACGACAAUAGUAUUGUGAUCCCGAUGUACGAGUGAGGUCGCGAACAGUCACUUUUGCUACUAAAAUUUAUAUCAGAGAGUUCGAAACGUUUUCUUCCGCGUUGAAAUAUCGGACCCAGUGUGUUGUUAGUAUUUUGAAGUAAGUAGAUUGCGACGCAGUGAUGAAAUUGAAUCUUUCUUUGGUGUAAAUGAAGAUUAUUUUGACGUACCUACACUAAAUGUAUUAUGCUACAGUGUAGACGUGCAUUUAAUUGGCUAUUAUUUAUUAUGGCUUCAAAAGCUGUUUUUAUGUAAAUUAUGUCCAGCGUAGUUGCUUAUGGCACUUAAAAAGUAAUAAUUAGACCCUUUCAAAAUUAUUGAGAAACAAUUCAUAUUAUUUGAGGCUUCUACGCACGACCUCCGAGAUAUUUACUUUACUAACGUUACUUAUGAAGUCAUCAUUGAAUUGUCUAUUGGAUUCUGUCCAACAGUAUGUUCGCGACCUUACAUCGUUCGUAGUGAUCAAAUAUAAUGAUGUGAUCACACGAUUACUACUAAGAUUCACUUAUAUACAGGUUUUGGUAAUUUAAAGGAUACUAAUUAAUGAUUUCUGUUGCUGUAACUUACCGUUAUUCUAUUUUCAAGCACUUGUAUGGAUUUGAAUUAAUAUAAUAGCACUUUAGAUAGGUUACCUUUUAAUAUGAAUGUAAAAAUCUAGUUAUGUACGAUUUUUCGUUACACAACAGUCUUCAAUUAUAUAGUAUUAGAAGUCAUUGUUGCAGUUAAAUAUGUAAAAUAAUGCUAAUUUAUAAAACCGAUUAUUUUAUAACAUAGGUCUUCCGAUAUUAUCGGAUUAAUAAUAUUAAAUGAAAUUAAGCUUUUUCGAAAAAAAAACCGGUGGUAUUAUAAAUCUAUUUGCUUUUCAUUUAUAGCGAAAUAAAUGAAAAUCACAAGUAGAGUUAUAAGUUAAGCAAGAUUUUGUAUAAACGAGGUAAAACGAAAUUAAUGCAUUUACUACCCUUACGCUUAGCUUGAAAAAGAAAUAAGCCCUGUAGGUAUAGAUAUAACAUGUCGCAUACAUACUGUGUGUUUGUUAUGUUAAUCAAUUACAGAGUAAUUCGGAGAUUUAUUAGACUAAAAUGCCUUGUUGCGCUAGACAUUAUCGAAUAUAAAAAAAUAAAUAAACAAAAACCCACGUUUAUGAAAAAUCUUGCAUUUAUACCAACACUAAACUAAUUUAUUACUAUCCGGUAAAAGCAUCCCUGUACCUAGCUUUAUAAUAAAAUGCCGAAUAGCUUAUUAACUUUGUAUGUGAGAAAAAUUGUGCUAACUGCCAAGAUCUUAUUUACUUACAUUUAAGCGAAAGUGUCUAUGGAAUUGCAAAUUUUGUUGGAUAUUUUCUUAAAGUAAUGUUUAUUUAAUGUAUGAGCACAUGAUUGAAAACGUUUGCCUUAAAGUGUUAUUAUUUUCAGAGAAUAUAGAAACUAUUAAUUUACUAGUCUCACAUAAUGACAAUAGUUACUGACCCAACUGACUGAGUAUUGCACCAUUCCCACUGACUCCAAUAGAUAAUGUUAGUGUACCUAUUCACCUAUCCCACCUUGAACAACGAUACGAAAUGUUCCCUAGAUUCAAGCAUAUUAAUUAUAGUUAGAAAUACCUACUACAACCUUGUGUUAAUUAUUUUACUAAAGUCUUAUGUUUGCAUUUAAUAGAACUUGUUUUUCUUAUUUUCAUUGUUGUUAUUUAUGGAAAUUCGAUCAGAAUAGCAAUUUAGUUUUACUGUACAUGAUAUUAUAAGUAUUAAUACAGAGCACUCUGGAUGUCACAUAUUACUACUUGUUAUAUAAUCGUUUGUUAAUGUUCAAUAAUAGUGUGUAAUGCGUAGUUGAAUUAAGAUUUUCGUACCACUUGUGGAUUGUUAUUGAAUUUGAAUAAGAAAAAACUGUAAAACGCGGCAGUAUUUGUAGAGGAAAGUUUUGUAUGCUAUCUAGUUUAAUAAUUUAUGCGUCCUCGAUAUCCUGCAUUUAUGAGACUGUAACAUUUAAUAUGACUAUCAGAGAGUAACAUGUUAACUACUGCUACGCUACUUCCCUGUCAAAUUCUAGUUCUUAGAGUAGAAACUGAUAUCCAAAUAUUAUAAAAAUGCAUUUCAUUAGUCGAAAUUCACAAUUGCAUAUCUAAUGAAACUUAUGUUCUUUUGUAAUAAAUAAAAAAAUAAAACAAAAAGUGCCAUUGUGCUGGUUCCUUGCAAUUAUAUUAACAUGUUGAAUUACUCUUAAGUAUCAACCUACUAUUAUGCCACUUCAUUACAAUAAAUAUAUUAUUUUAUAACGUACCUACA